GCCAGCCCGCCGUGUUGCGCGUGGGUGGUGGGUGGUGCGCCGUGCGCCGUGCGCGUCGCUAGCAAUAGCAAUUUAGCAAAGCUUACAGGAGAAGAGAAGAAGACAAGGCGGCGGCGGCGGCGCGGGGAUGGGUCGCGGUGGCGGGAUGGGGAACCCCGUCAACGUGGGCAUCGCCGUGCAGGCGGACUGGGGGAACCGCGAGUUCAUCUCCAACAUCUCCCUCAACGUCCGCCGACUCUUCGACUUCCUCCUCAGAUUCGAAGCUACCACGAAGAGCAAGCUGGCAUCUUUGAACGAGAAGCUAGACAUCCUAGAGAGGAAGCUGGAGGUGCUUGAAGUCCAAGUGAGCAGCGCAACGACCAAUCCUUCGGUCUUCAACUAGAAGACACGGUGGUGUGCUGCGUGAACGUGUAUCAUGUACGUACGUAAGUAAGAGUGGCAUGUAAAACACACUGCUGCUAGUAUCAUGUGUUUUGUACAAUUGUAAAACACUUGUGCAUCGAAGUUGACUUGCAAGCAGCUUCGCGUUUGCGUGGAGGUAA